GGCGGGGCCGUGCCGUGCCCGUGCCGUGCCCGUGCCGUGCCGUGCCCGCCGAGGGGCCGCGCUGCCCCCCAGCGCUCCCGUGCCGCCGCCGCCGGCCCUGCCCGGCCAUGGGCACCGGGGCAGCCGCGGUCGGGACGCCGCCCCCCGCGGGCGGGCGCUGCCGGCGGCGCGGAGCGGCGAGCGCGGGCUGAGACGACGACGACGACGACGAGGAGGAGGAGGAGGAGGAGGCAGAUGCGUUACUGUGCCUGUAGAGACUUCGUUGCUUCGCCUCGCACCGAUGUGACUCUGGGGGAAGGAUCAUGACCGAAGUCCUUCUCUCUGCUGCUCUGAACGGAACUGAACCCAACCUGUUAUCCAGCAGCAGCUGGUCUGCGGGAAACGUCACCACCAAGUGCUCCCUGACCAAAACCGGCUUCCAGUUCUAUUACCUGCCCACCGUCUACAUCCUGGUCUUCAUCACUGGGUUUUUGGGCAACAGCGUGGCUAUCUGGAUGUUUGUCUUCCACAUGAAGCCUUGGAGCGGCAUCUCGGUUUACAUGUUCAACUUGGCACUAGCCGAUUUCUUGUAUGUCUUGACUCUGCCCGCCCUCAUCUUUUACUACUUCAACAAAACAGACUGGAUCUUCGGAGAUAUCAUGUGCAAGCUGCAGAGGUUCAUCUUCCACGUGAACCUGUACGGCAGCAUCCUGUUCCUGACCUGCAUUAGCGUGCACAGGUACACGGGAGUGGUGCACCCCUUGAAGUCGCUGGGGAGGCUGAAGAAGAAGAACGCCAUGUACAUCAGCAGCCUGGUCUGGGUCCUGGUGGUGGCCGCCAUUUCUCCAAUACUCUUCUACUCGGGAACAGGGAUAAGGAAAAAUAAAACCAUUACGUGCUACGACACAACGGCUGAUGAUUACCUGAGAAGUUACUUCGUUUAUAGCAUGUGCACCACAGUGCUGAUGUUCUGCAUCCCCUUCAUAGUGAUUCUCGGUUGCUAUGGGCUCAUCGUGAAAGCUUUGAUUUACAAAGAUUUGGACAACUCUCCUCUCAGGAGAAAAUCGAUUUACCUGGUCAUUAUUGUGUUGACGGUCUUUGCAGUGUCUUACCUUCCCUUCCACGUGAUGAAGACCUUAAAUCUAAGGGCCAGGGUGGAUUUUCAAACCCCAGACAUGUGUGCCUUCAACGAUAAGGUUUAUGCCACUUACCAAGUGACGAGGGGCCUGGCCAGCCUCAACAGCUGCGUUGACCCCAUCCUUUACUUCCUGGCAGGUGACACCUUCCGAAGGCGGCUUUCCCGGGCCACCAGGAAAUCAUCCAGAAGGAGCGAACACAAUGUGCAGUCCAAAAGUGAGGAAAUGACUCUCAAUAUUUUAACAGAGUAUAAACAGAAUGGAGAUACCAGUUUGUGAACAAAUGAAGAAGAUUUGGGAACAGUUUGAAAAAAAUCCUCCGCUUUGAGGCAGUAGGAGACUGUAGGGCUUACAAGUGUGUGAGGAAAAUCUACCAGUCUCAAAUUUUUUUUUAGAUGAAGCCUCAUUUUCUGGUCUUAGAAAAAGCUUAACAAAGUCAGUGGAAGAAUUUUAAUGGAAAAUAAUGUGUCAAAAUUCAGCUUUCCUUCAGUAGUUUCAUUUAUUUCUGACUUGUGUCAGAUAACGUAAAAUGAAAUAAAUCCCCUAAAGGAGGAAAGCAAUCCAAGUGCAUCUGUUUUAAUGACUUAGUCUCCCACGUUUGAAAAUGUUCUCAGUCAGCCUGUCUUUAAAAAUAGGAAAUAAAAGUAAGAGCAGUAUCUUGUCUUCUGAGGCUCAGUCACAGACCAGGCUUUCUGCUCACUCGCUGUUGUACGCAAGGAUUUAAAUCAAAGUCACGAUGCAGUUAUCAUUUUCAGUUUCAUUAUUUUUUUCAUCUAGUGCUGAUAAUGACUUGAUAGUUCGGUGGCAUUUAUGGUUCAGUCCUCUUUCAGUGCCGGUGUUUUACUCGAGGUAGGCUUUGCUGGUGUGUGCAUGGUUGUGCUUUGAGAUUGCGAAGGUUGUUUGUGCCAGCCCGGCCCCUCAGCGGCCAGGGCUCCCCGGUGCCCGGGCCCCUCGGGUGUCCCCGGGCCCCUUAUUGUCCCUGGGCCCCUUGGGUGUCCCCAGGCCCCUCGGGUGUCCCUGGGCACUGCCGGGCGCGCUGGCGCUGCCGGCUUGGGGAAUGGGGCCGUGCGGGGCCACGGAGGUGUGCGGGGUCACAGCUCUGUGCAGGGUCACGGCUCCCUGUGGGGUCAGGGCUCUGUGCAGGGUCAGGGCUCUGUGUGGGGUCAGGGCUCUGUGCAGGGUCAGGGCUCUGUGUGGCGUCACAGCUCUAUGCGGGUCAGGGCUCCAUGCAGGGUCAUGGCCCUGUUUGGGGUCAGGGCUCCGUGCGGGGUCAGGGCUCUGUGCAGGGUCAGGGCUCUGUGCAGGGUCACAGCUGUUUGUAGGGUCACAGCUGUGUGUAGGGUCACAGCUCUGUGCAGGGUCACGGCUCCGUGCGGGGUCAUGGCUCUGUGCAAGGUCAGGGCUCUGUGCAAGGUCAGGGCUCCGUGUAGGGUCACAGCUCUGUGCAGGGUCAGGGCUCCAUGCGGGGUCAGGGCUCUGUGCGGGGUCAAGGCUCUGUGUGGGGUCACAGCUUUGUGCAGGGUCAGGGCUCCAUGUGGGGUCAGGGCUCUGUGCAGGGUCAGGGCUCUGUGCAGGGUCAGGGCUCCAUGUGGGGUCAGCUCUGUGCAGGGUCACAGCUCCGUGCGGGGUCACAGCUCCGUGCGGGGUCAGGGCUCUGUGCGGGGUCACAGCUCUGUGCGGGGUCAGGGCUCUGUGGAGGGUCAGGGCUCCGUGCGGGGUCACAGCUCCAUGUGGGGUCAGGGCUCUGUGCAGGGUCACAGCUCUGUGCGGGGUCAGGGCUCUGGAGCCGAGUCUCCGGUCCUGUCCCCAUGCCCAGGGCAGUGACAUGGUGGGACCUGGCAUGGCCUGGCGGGAGCUGCCCAGCCCAGCUGGCACCGCACUGGCACCGGAGCGCGUGCAGAACCCGAGAUGGGUGUGCUGGGGACAGCUGAGCCUGGGGCCAGCAGGGAACACGAGCUCACUUGGAACCAGGAUGGUUCUGCUCCUGCAGGCUUUACAGAUAACACAGGAGUCGUGUCCCAAGAACAGUGACUAUUAAAAUGGAUAAUAUAAAUGGAUUAUAUAUAUAAUAUAUAUAUAACAGUAAUUGGGGGGAAUUAAUUUUUUUGUACUUUGACAAGUAAAUUUAAAUUACUGUAUUAACAAGAUGUUGCAAUAUACUACAGGCUAAAUCCGGCCCUUUACUAUAGGCCUUCUCCAAAUGUGAAAUAGUUCAUCCAAAAUUAGCCAAACUGCAACAUUGUGUAACACAAGAGCUAGUGAUCAGGCACAGAUGAAAUUCUACAUGAGCAGUCUCACUCGUCUCUCAUAUUUUUAAUAAAUGUAUUUGAAAAUACUUUGUGCUAAAAGCGGUAUAAAAGCAUGCUCUGAAUUAUGAAUUUUAGUGUACAAAAUUAAGUUUGAUGUAUUCCUAAGGGUGAUUUUUAACAGAUCUCUGUUCCUCCGGUCUGCAUCAUAAGAGUAAAAUAUUUUAUAUUUUACUUACCAAUUUCCAGUGAUUAGUUACAAAUGAGAGUAGCUGUAGUUAUUUUUUGACAACAUUGUUAAGCAGCUUCUGUUCACAUGUACUGCUUCCUCUGCAGAGUCCCUAUUUAUUGAACUUAUUUAUUAGAAUGCUAAAUGUAAAGUUUGUAAAGCGUGGUUCUCUGUGGUCAUAUUCAGAAUUGGGCAUUAAUGGAAAAUUGAAGAGCAUGUUUCAAUCACUGUAAUACUGUGUCUUCUAACAGAACAUCUUUAUAAUAAACUCAAUUCCACCCUGA